UUACCCGCCGACGCCCCUUCUGCGACCCCGUAUUGAUAAAUCAUCCCGGGAGCCGAUUGUACGCGGCACCAAACGAUGACAAACGCCUAAAUCUCCACUUGGCCGCGUCGCUGUAGCCGAGCAUCGACUGACCACGGUUCGUCGUGCGAGAAGGAAGUGAAGAAGGAAGACGACGAGGAGCAGGGACAUAGGAGGUUACAAUUUCUGACCAUGGCAAUAGCAAACUCAACGCAGGAAAUGUUUACCGGAUCUGAAACUCCGUUACCGGAUUCUAUACUCAUCGUUGGGGGCGGGGUGUUCGGAUUGUCCACCGCCCUCGCCCUCUCCGCUAGGCACUCCGGGAAAAUCACACUCAUUGACUCUUCGCCGACGAUCCCCAAUCCACAGGGCUCCUCCGUCGAUACCUCCCGCAUCGUGCGUGCAGACUAUGCCAAUGCGGCGUAUGUCGCGCUGGCAGAAUCGGCUCUUGAGAAAUGGCGUACGACAGCUUGGGGUCAUGAAGGCCGUUAUAUGCAGACUGGCCUCGUUCUAGUAUCAUCUGGCGAUAAGUUUGGCAAAGGAUAUGUGCAAGAGAGCUACGAGAAUGUCAAAGCUAUAAACCCUAAAAUGAUCGAGAAACUUCCCACGAGAGAGGAUGUUGAACGGGCGGCGCCAGGCUACGGAACUGGCCUGCACGUCUCGGGAGGUUAUGUGAACUGGGGAUCUGGAUGGGCCGAUGCAGAGGCGUCGGUGAGGUUUGCGAAAAAGAAUAUCGACGAGAUGGGGAAGGUGGAUUUUCGUACCGGGGAGGUCAAUCGAUUAUUAGUAUCAACACCACCACAUCCAGAUGAGGGCCAAAGAGGAGCCAAGGGAGCAACAACUGCCGCAUCAUCUGCACGAGCUAAGGUAACCGGCGUUGAACUGUCUGAUGGCACCACCAUCACAGCCGAUCUAGUCAUAUUAGCCACAGGUGCAUGGACAGGCCGUCUAGUUGACCUCCGCGGCAAAGCCGAAGCGACAGGCCAGGCCCUUGCCUACAUCCGCGUUUCCGAUGAAGAGCAAGCCAAGCUCGCAAACAUGCCUACGGUCCUAAACCUUUCGACGGGCAUGUUCAUCAUCCCGCCGCGUAACAACAUGCUCAAGAUCGCGAGACAUGCAUACGGCUACCGGAACCCGCAGCGCGUGCCGGCCCCCGUGUACGGCCCAGGCCGUGGCCAAACAGCAACGACGAUAGAGACGUCGUCUCGUCCUGCCAUGUUCCCCUUCACACCAUCCAAAUAUAUUAUAUACAUUAAAAAAAUAAAAAUAAAAAAUUACAAUUAUACUUCUGCUAACUCCCUUCCUCUCCUCCCUCUCCCACCCACCAGACCCAAAGGCGAUUUCAUAAUCACCCACCACCCCAACUACGCCGGCCUCUUCCUCGCAACCGGCGGCAGCGGCCACGCCUUCAAAUUCCUGCCCGUUCUCGGGGAGAAGAUCGUCGACGCCAUCCAAGGUCGUUUGGAUCCUGAAUUGCAAGAACUGUGGGGGUGGCCUGGAGUGGCUGGUGAUGAGGAUGCUACUGCUGCUGCUGCUGCUACUGUUGUGUGGACAGAAGACGGGAGCCGGUCUGGCGAGAAGGGUUUGAUUUUGAUGGAUGAGUUGGCGAAGGGGCAAGGGGGGAAGAGGGGAAGUAGAUUGUAG